GUCCAUCUGAUUCAAGUUAGUCUUUCAGUACCACGCAACUGGUGGAGGAAACAAAGGAGAACAAGGGAAAACAAUCGCGUGUUUCUCCUAGCUUACUUGUGCUUUGAGACAUUAUCUGCAGCGUACAUUGAACGAGGACUGAACAUUUGGUCUCUCUGGUGUGACACACCACAGGAUAUCGAUCCCACGGCUUCCUACCGAAUCUUUUUGUACGCAAUUACUCCUUGAUGGUGCAAUAUGGGCGGCAUUUAGAAGAUGGAGAACGUGGAGGCAGGACCCCUGGCAACGUGGAAGAUAACGUGGAGACACCUCUGCUGCUGCGGGACCUGGAUAGCAGAACCCCGUUGUGGCAACAUGAUAACCCCUGGAUUAGACUGCCGGCAUAUAUAAUCCAACAAUUCAUAUGGCUUGCCAUACUCAAGCCAUCCGGAAGCUUCAUUGUGGAAUGGACGACGUUCGUACUGGCCAAAGUUACCACUGGUCCCUUGCAUGGUGCUAAAUACAUUGGUGGAAAAGCCAAAUCUGCUCUUGAUGCUUUCAUUGAUCUGCUAUGGAGAAAUUGCCACCCUUUCUUUGCUGUCUGGAUUCUUUUCAGCCUUAUUCCACUUCUUACUGCCUUGCUCCUGCUGGUUAUACUCCUGAUCAUAUGCAUUCCCAUUCCCUACCUUAAUCCUAAUGGGCAAUGCCAUUACCACAAAGGAGGCUGACCGGGAAAGCUAAAUCUGCCAAUGCUCGAGUCGUUACUGUCUAACGUCCAUUUGACACUGUAGUCUGACAUCUGGGUGGACAGAGGGACCAAUGGUGUGGCCAAGGCAUAGGUGUAGUGAUUAGUUAGACAGGAUCCAAGGUUGCAUGCGUACAUGCAAAGGUCAAGGGAGGCUAUUCCGCCCCGGAUUAGAGGUACAUACGGCUGGGAGCAAAGACAACAUAAAGAAACAGCGGUGAAUGCGGCCUGGCCAGGUUGGUGUUCACUAUAUAGAGCGGUCAACCGUAGGAAUAUACUCGUCCUGCCAACCGCGAUGGAAGAUCUGUCUGAACCUCAACCAAAUUUAUGUCCAUGACGAUAUCUAUGAGCCUUUCGAAUUCUCACCUAUGAGGUCCUGCUGGGCUGACACAGGGAAGGACG